AUGGCGGCGAGCGACCCGCAACUUUGCCGGGAGCCCGGCCAGCGCCCCCGCCGCCCCGUGUGCGCCGUCUGCACGAAGCCCCUCCGCGUCUGCCUCUGCGGCCGCCUCCGCGGGCCCCCGCUGGACACCGCCGUCGGCGUCACUGUGCUGCAGCACCCCACGGAGGCCCAGCACCCGCUCAGCUCCGUCCGCGUCGCCCGCCUCGGCCUCCGCAACCUCGCCGUCGCCCAGGUCGCCGACGUCGCCCACCGCGCCAGCUUCCUCCUCACAACGAAUAUUGGACUUGGAGGCGGAGAAACUGAAAAUGCUGAAGCCGGUGCCGCCAUUGGAGAAGCUUGGACGGUGGAAACCAUGGACAAGUGCUCCAUCGCUUACACGGAGAAGCAGCUCAUGAUCGACAUCGAGCGCGGCGUCGGCGCGAACGCCAAGAUCAGGUGGCCGUCAAGAUGUUCUCCUCUUGCCAAACUCGCCGUCUCCAACGGCUUCACCGUCACCAAGACACAGAACAACAAGCCCAGACGUAGCACAGGCGACCAAGCCUCGCCGUCGCCGGAGCUCCAACAUGAGUUCUCCAUCGCCAUACCGCCGCACUCGGCCCUGCUGUUCCCAUGCCAGCGCGCGACCGCCAUCGACGCAGCUUCAGAUCACCAGGUACUAGUCAAACAUCUGAUCGUGCUGGAUGGCACCUGGGCGAAGGCGCACCGGAUGUACCACGAGAACCCAUGGCUGCAGCUCGUGCCGCACGUGAAGGUGGAAGCAGAUGGUGUCAGCCUGUACGGCGAGGUGAGGCAUGAGCCCAAGGCCGGGUGCCUGUCGACCAUCGAGAGCAUCGUCGUCGCCAUGAAGGAGCUUGGGGAGGACGAGGCAGAGUUGGAUCGUGUUCUGGCCGUCUUCGAGUCGAUGAUCGCCGACCAGCGACGCUGCAAGGAUGAGAACUGCAAGCCAUAAUAAUUUCUCUCGACUUCUUCUGGAUGCAGUUUCAGUCCAGAUGUUGUUUUCUGAAUCAGCAUUUCAUAUCAUACUGAGCGGUUAAAACAGGCCAA